AUGAGAGUUAGCGGCGAUACUCUCAUGCUCAGCUACCUCGAUGACGACGUCUAUUAUCGCCUUGCCUCUGUUCUCAAGCUUCUUCCAGGCCUGCAGCUCGACCGACUCACAGUCCUCGGCGGCCAUGGGUUUCAGGUCAAUUACGAUACACUCGGCGGUCUCAUCAAGGACGGCAACGGAUGGAAAACCCUGCGCUAUAUCUGCUUUAGCUCAGCAAUGCUCGGGUUCCCGUCGGAACACAACAUCUCCCACCCGAUGCAAACCGUCAUUGAAGGUCGCGACGGCAUAACCUCGAACCCUUCUGUGACAGUCUACCGAGCCAAGGAGCCAGCCCUGUACGGUUCGAUCGUUGACCCAAGCAGAAGGGUAACGUUCGAACAGAAACCUUACCAUGGCCAGGACUUGCGAGCGGACGUGUUCCCCGCAGACCCCGAACUGAUGACUGGCGACGAGCAAAAGAAAGAACCGAUGGUCAUCGUGAAGCGGGGCUCUGGUGUCAACUAUGAGGAGAAAAAGGACUCGCCGUUCAUCGAAUCCGAUAUUCGGCGUGACUUGCCGGAUAUGACAUGGAAACAGAUUCGGGCUCAGUGUAUCGAUAACCCGUUUGAUGACGAGGACGUGGAGGAGGGUUGGCCGCCCUGCGACGAAGAGGACGAUCCCACCGAGGCAGAUAUCUACAAGGAUGUUGACGAGUGUAUCUGGACUCCGCUCCACUCUAACCUUGAUCUAUGA